AUGAAAGAGCGGGUUGAACUGAACGACAACGGCCUUUCUAUCGAAUCGAGUUGUCAUGUUUUCUACCGCAUAAGAGUAAUUGGAUUUCUUUGAACUUUGAUAAAUUCCAACUUUAGUGGCAAAAAAGGUACAUCGUGUGCCGCAAGCAGAAAGAUCUCGGCAACCCUUUAUUUAUCAUAUACAAGAGCCGAGCCGACCGUUUGAAGGACAAAAUCAAGCAAUCUAUCAUUCUCAGCGAUUUUGUUGGGACUGAGCGAAGUAAGGGAGUUUUUUUAAAUGAGCUUGGUGCGCAAUUUUUGAUAGUUACUUUUGUGUUUUCUUCUUUCAUUCAAAAAAAGGAUAUUCUCAUUCAAUCUUUGUCGUCACAAGCAUCAUCUAAACGUGGAAAAAAGUUAGCUAUCUUCAAGUUUUGUAAGUCGGAAUUUCGAAACCUCGUUAGCAAUCCAAGGCUUCACUUAUUGUUAUCUAAAAAAUAAAGGCUCUUUUUCAUAUUCUAAAAAAAUGUUUUUUUAUUUUUCCAGGUUUCUCUUUGAAAAAAAUAAGUUCAAUACGUUGGCUCUUGUCACAAAAGAGCACAUCAUCGAUAUUGCUUUCGAAACGGCGGAAAACCUUGUACAAUGGGAAACUUGGUUCAAAACAAUAUGUGGACAGUGUGAGUUUCAAGAUUUUUCAUCAGUUGAGUUUGCAUUUCAAAAUCUCAAUACCUUUCGAAUCCGUAAAUAAUUUGGUUUGGGAAAACAAAAAAAAAACUUUCUUGAGGUUUUUACUGAAUUUCCUGGUCUGUCUGUGAUCCAAGUUUUGGUUUGGAUCAGUGAAGCUGCUAAAUACUUGAAAAAUUUUUGGUUUCUUGAACUUUCUAUGUAACAAUUUUUUCUUAUCUAUUUUUCAAUAAUUUUUUUAUCAUUUUAUUAUAUUUAUAAUAAGCUCGCUCGACAUCAAAUUUUUGCUUUUUAUUUUUAUAGGAUCGGUAAAUUGUUUAUAAAAAAAUUUGAAGUUCUAAUAUUUCGUAUCAUAGGAAAUAAUGUAUUUCGAUCUUGCUGUACCCUUUCGAUCCGUAACUGUGGUUUUUUUGUAGCUAUUCUCAAUUUUUUUCACUGUCCUUUUACAGCUACGGGGAAGAAAAAAAUCGUGCAGACAAAAUAAGUAGUUUUUUUAGCCGAGAUUAAUAUGUUGCACCUACUCAUAAACUCAUAAAAUAAUACCUACUCAUAAACUCAUAAAAUAAGCUUUGAACAGCUGGGAAUGAGUCUCACUACGCAAAGCUCGUGAGAUCGGCUCACGCGAUCUGAUAGAUCACGUAUACGCCGAAUUUAAAGUUCAGACCAUAAGGGCAAACAGCUAUAAGCUAUGUGAUCGUUUCGUAGUAUUUGGAAUAUAAUGCUUCAGGUGCUACGAACUACAUGGUGCUGCUGAAAUUCCCGAGACAGGAAGGCUGCUUGCACAUGUUGGGUCGGGAGGUUCGCUGUCUCCUUCAUGUGAGAAUCACAAGAGCUCAAGAUCUGGUGCUACUUAAGAAACAGUUACAGGAUUCGCGGUUGGCGCUUGUGUACGGACUCCCUCAGAAGAUCCUGCUCUACGGCGACGUUGGCGCGAUCAUCGUCAAGAUCAACAUGGAGAACCACACGGUGACUGUUAGAUCGCAUGCGGCGCCCGACGAAGAAUUUGUCCUCUCCUGUGCCACCAUCGAUUUGUUCAAUGUGAUGUUAGAAAAGGCAAAACAAGAGGUUGGGAAUAUUGGUCGUCACGAGUUGAAUGCUGUUUUUUGCAGAGAUGGGACCUUCAUCAGUACUUGUGUAAUCAAACCGAAGGAACUUGGAUCAGUAAUGUAAAUUUUUAACUGUAAACGAUACUAGUUUUUCAUGCAAAUAUUUUUAAUUUGCUCUCAAUACCUCAGAUUCAUCUCAAAUCAACUUAUGACCAAAAUACAAUAAAACAAGUACAAGUCAGGAACAAAAAUUCAAAUCAAAAAAAAAUUAGGCGCCUUCUGUUUCUUUUUUGUUAGCUAGAAAAAUUCAAACAUUCAACCAAUAUCGAAUAUUCCAAUGGGGUUCGAUAUUUACCAUCCGAUUUAAAUUAUUCAAAUAAUUUUUGCGCUUUCUCAACUUCAAAAAAUAGCUCUCAAAGUGUUCUUAUCAAGAAGCACAGAGUGAAAAAAAGUCAACAAAAUUCUUUCUGCAGUGAAAAAAGAACGAAACCCGUUUCUGAAUGAACGAUUUAUCUCCAACCGUUACCGAGACUGUUUUCAGACUCCGAUGAAUGUGAAGAAAAAUGACUCUUUGUCACGUUUAUCCGACUCCCAGAGUAAUUUUUCAAACUUUGGCACCCCUCAAGCGACUACACUUUAUAUGGACAACGUAUCUUCAAGGUGA